GGGCAUCGAAAAAGAGGAGGAGAGAGACCAUAGAUAUAUAUAUAUAUAUGAGAGUGACAACUGGGCUCGGAAAGACUGGCAUCGCUGCUUGUUUAUAGGAGCUCGGUUAAACACAACCUUCAGCCAUGGGAAAAGGAGGAGGCGCGUUCGAAAGGCUUCUUGAUAAAGCCACCAGCCAGCUGCUCCUGGAGACAGAUUGGGAAUCCAUUUUGCAGAUAUGCGACCUGAUUCGUCAAGGAGAUGCCCCAGCUAAAUAUGCUAUUGGCGCCAUCAAGAAGAAACUCAAUGACAAGAACCCUCAUGUGGCCCUUUAUGCUUUAGAGGUUCUGGAGUCUGUUGUAAAGAACUGUGGCCAAACAGUACAUGAUGAGGUGGCAAGCAAGCAAACUAUGGAGGAACUGAAGGAUCUCCUUAAGAGUGAACCAAGCGUACGGAACAAAAUUCUCUACCUAAUCCAGGCCUGGUCACAUGCUUUCCGCAACGAGCCCAAAUACAAAGUGGUCCAGGAUACCUACCAGAUCAUGAAGGUGGAAGGUCAUGUUUUCCCUGAAUUUAAAGAGAGUGAUGCCAUGUUUGCAGCUGAGAGGGCUCCUGACUGGGUUGAUGCAGAGGAGUGCCACCGGUGCAGAGUCCAGUUUGGGGUCAUGACAAGAAAGCAUCACUGUCGGGCAUGUGGACAGAUCUUCUGUGGGAAGUGUUCCUCCAAGUACUCCACCAUCCCCAAGUUCGGAAUAGAGAAGGAAGUUCGGGUCUGUGAGCCCUGCUUUGAACAGCUCAACAAAAAAGCUGAAGGCAAGGCUGCUGGCUCUUCGGAGCUGCCCCCCGAGUACCUAACCAGCCCGCUAUCUCAGCAGUCACAGGUAGUGGUUGGUGGCUCAGUGCCCCCGAAACGUGACGAGGCUGCCCUGCAGGAGGAGGAAGAGCUUCAGCUCGCUAUUGCCCUGUCCCAGUCUGAGGCGGAGGAGAAGGAUCGGAUGAGGCAGAAGCCCACAUAUUCAGUGUACCCUAAAGCUGACCCCACCCCAGUGACAUCAUCAGCCCCGCCAGUUAGCACUCUGUACACUUCUCCGAUGAACUCUUCUGCUCCAGCUGCGGAAGAAAUAGAUCCAGAGCUUGCACGCUACCUGAACAGGACCUACUGGGAAAAGAAGCAGGAGGAGGUUCGGAAGAGCCCCACCCCUUCCGCCCCAGUGCCCAUGGUUGAGCCAAUCCCAAUCAGCCAGCCUGUGGAGGCUCACCCAGCACCUCCUAUCAACGUUGUGGAGCAGCAGUACCAGAACGGGGAGUCGGACGAGAAUCAUGAGCAGUUCGUGAAGGCGCUGCAAAAUGCCGUCCCCACUUUCCUCAACCGCAUGAAGAGCAACCACAUGAGGGGCCGCAGCAUCACCAACGACAGUGCUGUGCUCUCCCUCUUCCAGUCCAUCAACAAUAUGCACCCCCAGCUGCUGGACCUGCUCAACCAACUCGACGAGAAGCGAUUGUACUACGAGGGUCUACAAGACAAGCUGGCACAGGUCCGCGAUGCCCGUGGGGCACUGAAUGCUCUGCGGGACGAGCAUCGUGAGAAACUGCGCUGUGCUGCUGAGGAAGCUGAGCGCCAGAGGCAGAUACAGCUCGCUCAAAAACUGGAGAUCAUGAGGCAGAAGAAGCAGGAGUACCUGGAGAUGCAGAGGCAGCUGGCGAUUCGGCGGCUGCAGGAACAGGAGAAGGAGAGACAGAUGCGGUUGGAGCAGCAGAAACAGACCAUUCAGAUGAGGGCCCAGAUGCCAGCCUAUUCUCUACCCUAUGCACAGGUCUGUCCGCAGAGCUGCUGGGAACCGGAUAACCCAAUUCGCAAUAGCCUGACUGACUGUGUUUGCCCUCUCCAGUUGCAGUCGCUGCCCGCUGCCGGGGGUGUGAUGUACCAGCCCUCUGGCCCCACCAGUUACCCUGGCUCAGUGGAGGGCUCGCCAAUGCACACUGUCUACAUGAACCAGCCAGCACAGUCUAGCACUGCGCCGUACCCAGGAAUGCCUGUGCCUGGCACUGACCCAAACAUGGUGGGUGCGUACAUGUACCAGCCAGGAGCCUCCACUGGGCAGACAACUCAGCAGGGCCAGGCUGUGCCCACCACAAACCCAGCCUACUCCAGCUACCAGCCGACACCCACACAAGGAUACCAGAAUGUGGCAUCCCAGUCUCAAAACAUUCCUCCAAUAUCCCAGCCUCCCCAGUCCAGUGGGAUGGGGUACAUGGGGCCACAGUCUAUGCCCAUGGGAUACCAGCCCUAUAACAUGCAGAAUAUGAUGUCUGCCCUGCCUAGCCAGGACCCCAACAUGCCUCCACAGCAGCCCUACAUACAGGGUCAGCAACCCAUGUACCAACAGAUGGCGCCCCCUGGUGGCCCGCAACAGCAGAUGCAGCAGCAGCAGCAGCAGCAGCAGCAGCAGCAUGGAGGAGGUGGGGAGGCACAACUGAUCUGCUUUGACUGAUCUCAGCCCUUUGUCUCGUAGGAACCCUACUGCUCGGAGGACAAUUGGCCACUCCCUGCAAUAAAACAUUAUGCUAACUGUCUUUAAACUCGCAAUUCUGUGCACGUUGACUUCCACUCCUCUUCAUUAACUCAUACCGGAACCACAAGGUCCUUUUAAGAAAGGUUGCCGGAGAAGUUGUUCUGCACAUUGUCAUAAGUAUCUUGGAGACCCUAUUAGCAGUGCUCUGUGUCCGAUUCGCAGAGAUUUGGUCCUACAAAAGGAAACUCCCCAGAAAUGAUUUAUCCAGCCGUGGCUUUAAACGCUGGUCACGUGCUCUGGCUGUGAACUCUGUGUGGCUUUAUGUCCUCUCUGUGGUUUUAAUAGUCAUAAGAAUACAAAAAGGACUGCAUACUGAUCAGACUUAAUUUUGCAUCAUUCUUUUUGGUUUUAACUCUUGCAACACGACAGACCUAUAGAGAAAUCUAUCAAAGAUAACACCUAAAAACAGCUGAUCAUAAUUGCAGUUCAAAACUGUUCCCCAUGUGUAGCAUUUUAUGAUUUCCUCAAUACAAGACACUGAAACUGUUCACUUAGUUGUCUUAGGGUUGUCUUCCCUUUAAGGUUACUUUGAUGGUGAAAGCGUUAAAUAAGGGGUGGUUUGGUAUAUCUUAAGAGAAUGCAUAUUUCUCAUUCUUUCACACAGUGUAUCCUUGCAAAAUAAAGUGCAAAACAGCAGAAGUUAAGAUAGUAAAUGUUAUAAAAUCAAAUAUAAAGACGUAAUCAUUCUCAGUUAUAAUAUGUUUCUAAAUGAGAAAGUGCAUGCUUCAAAUUGCUUCUACUUAAGUGGGUGUGUGGCACUAUUGAAGAAUGGGGUGGGGGGUGGGGGUAGUUUUAAGGAGUUUAACUAUGGAAAUAAAUAAAAAAUCCAAAAAGUUAAAAUGUAAGUAAAUCCUGGCAUCGGUGACAUUGUCAGUUCUAAGUCUGGCAGACUUCUUACAUGGCUGUUUUGACAGUUUCUAUUUUCUCUUGUGAGGAAAGUGGAGAUCCCUUCUACUUCAGGGUAUUGCCCACCAGCAUCCUGGCUAACCACUAACCAAGCUGAAUUACUGCUUUGAGCUCUGAAAAGAAGUUUUGCACUCCAAAAAGAUGCUACAUUUUAUUAUUACCAACUGAUAUUAUAAAAUGUACAACCCCCCCCCCAAAACACGGAAUGCAAACUUCUGUAGUAAAAACUGUAGAUCAAAAAAUAAGGAGAUUAAGAUAUGAUUCUAAAUGUAAAGAGUUUGAAUAUAUAGUGGUGGUGCUGAUGCUGUGUUAUUGAACCCAUUCUUUUAAUAAUACUUCAAUCACUCUUUCUGCAUCUUUAUAAUGGAUCCUUUAUUUUUUUUUUUUAAGAUGUUGUAAACACUAAUUUAUCACGGUUCAUCAUAAUACGAACAUAUAACUGUAGAGGGCUUUAUGUUUUUCCUUCAAGGGGAACAGUUUUAGGAUGGUCACUUUGUAAGGUUUGCCAGGUUCUGAAUUCUGUGCCAUGAUUUCUUAGGUCUGAUGUGAUUUAUUAAGUUGCAAUUUGAAGUUGAAUACUUUAGAACAAGGGAAUGAGUUUUAAUUUUUCAGUCUGUAAUAAUGGUAGUGUCUAAAGCAUGUCUAAUAAAUACAGAGUGUCCUUCUGUAACAUUUUUAUGUAUUUUGUGAAAUUUCCAUACAUUUUUGUUUUCAUUCUUUACUGAUCUGUCUGAUUUUUAAGAAAUACUUUUAAGAUGGUAUUCAAUAAACUCUGCUGUUUUUUCUCCAAAAAA